GUCUCUCGGUUCAGACACGUUUUUUUGAGUUCUUUUUGGCUGUUCCCUCUUUGUUCAUUUACAUUUUACUCACAGCUUCAAAAUCGAGCUGUACAUCAGUGAAUCUUCCAUUAGAGGCCACAAGAAAAGAAUAUACGUAAAGCUGUUCACUAUAAGCUUUGUUGAACAUAUUAUCUGAGCACUAAUCAUGUAGCAGAAAAAGAAAGGAGAGAGAAAAAGAGAGAGAGAGAGAGAGAGUGUGAGAGAUUUGGGUAAAAAUGAGUGUACCUUUGGCUGUGAUGACGUUUAAUCUUCAUGAAGAUCAACCACCAGACAGUCCUAAUUCAUGGGAGAAGAGGAGGGAUUUAUGUAUCAGUGUCAUCACCAGCUACUCCCCUGCGAUUCUCUGUACCCAACAAGGAGUGAAAUCUCAAUUGGAUUAUCUUCAUCAGUGCUUACCAGGUUAUGAUCAAUUUGGAGUAUCAAGGAAAGGACCACAAGACACUUCAGAUGAACAUUGCACCAUCUUCUAUGACAAGGAGAAGGUAGAGCUGGUAGAAGGUGGAACUUUCUGGUUGUCGGAGUCACCUUCUGUCCCUGGAAGCAUGUCAUGGGGUUCUGUGGUUCCAUGUAUUGCAACAUGGGCGACAUUCCAAUUGAAAGGAGUCGAGCCACCAGGGUUUUCCUUUCAGAUAGUCAAUACAAACAUGGAUGAGUUAAGCCCUCGUGCCCGUAGACGAAGUGCUUUACUCACAUGGCAGCACGUUGCAUCCCUACCUCCUAACAUAUCAGUUGUAUACUGUGGAGGAUUCAACACACAAAAGGAAUCAACUACAGGGCGUUUUCUUCUUGGGAGAUCAAGGGGACAAACUAGGUUAUUGAUGGCUUUUCUCGUACUGGCUUUCAGGGAGCAUGGUGUCGUGGGGGACAUGAGGGAUGUAUGGCCCAAUGCUCGUGUGAGGAAAAAUGUUUCUCUAAUACGCACUUACCAUGGAUUCAAAGGUGACAAACAGGGAGCUCUUGAAUACCUCAAGUUGAUUUUCAGAGCUCUAUGCCUUUGCUGGGAUCGCCAAACCCAGGAUUUACAUAUAGAUUGGAUUCUUUUCAGGGGUAGAUCUCUUAUUCCUGUUUCAUGUGAAGUGGUGAGUGAUAACAUUGAUGGGUAUUAUCCUUCUUCCCACUAUCCCAUAUUUGCUGAAUUUAUGCUUCCUCGUAAUGUGAGAGCGCUUGAACCACCCGCACGAGAGCCACCCACACUUGAACCACCCACUCGAGAGCCACCCACACCUGAACCACCCACUCGAGAGCCACCCACGCUUGAACCAACAGCUCGAGAACCACCCACGCUUGAACCACCAGCUCGAGAACCACCCACCUGAGAGGAAAAUUAGAAUGCUAUUGUUUUGAACCCCAUCCUUACCUUUUCUACUUGGAUUAUUAAGGAUAUAGUUUAUUGUUGCCAAGAUUUGAUAGCCAAUUGGAGCACGUUUUGAAUGGUUGUGUACUCCUGAGGCACUUUGAGAACAGUUGUUGAUAUGAUUUUAUCUUGAAUAUCUUGAAGUUAUGUAUUUUGUCUCCAUAUCCAUAAGAAACAUUGGAGGGAAUUCAAUUCACUUGUAAUUAAUGUUUUCUUCCUAAGUGUUUGGUAAACUACUCAA